AUGAUUAAACAACAGCAACCACAACAACUUAAGGCACAAACCAUUACAUACGCCACAUAUGCAUAUAAUUCAAAGACGGCAGAACAAACACAAAGGUUGAAAUAUGGAGAUUUGGAGAUAGUAUUGAAAAAUGACCAUUUCGAAUUCGUUUGCAAAGGUGGUGCAGUGAUAUCAAAUAUAAAAGAAAUUUUAUUUAUGAAUUCAAAAAUUAAAGGAAUAACGGAUGAUAUAACAUCAAUUCCACCAGAAGAACAAAGAUAUUACGCAUUAAAUGCAUUUCCUAAAGUUUUGAAGAUUGGAAGAUUUAAUUUAAAUGAGGAAUUCAUAGAAGGUUUCCUAAAUGACAUAAUGAAGAAGGCGGAUAAGGAAUAUGUGGAUAGUGAGUUAGAGAAGAAAGCUGAUAUGGAAUACGUGGAUAGUGAGUUAAAUAAGAAAGCAGAUAUGGAUUGGACAUCGGCGACUUUUAACGUUAAAGCUGAUACAAAAUGGGUUUUAGCAUGUUUAGACAAUAAAGCUGAUAUGGAAUACGUGGAUAGUGAGUUAAAUAAGAAAGCAGAUAUGGAUUGGACAUCGGCGACUUUUAACGUUAAAGCUGAUACAAAAUGGGUUUUAGCAUGUUUAGACAAUAAAGCUGAUAAGGAAUACGUUAAUACUAAAUUAAAUACAAUUCUUGAGAUGAUUUACCCCAUUGGUUCAAUAUAUACAUCAAUGAAUUCAACAAAUCCGGCAAGUGUUUUAGGUUUUGGUACAUGGCAACAAAUAACCGAUCGUUUCUUAUAUUGUGCUAACUCAUCAAAACAAACAGGAGGAAGUAAAACAAUUACGGGCGAAAAUUUACCUGCUCAUAGUCAUUACGUUAAUUUAAACACAACCGAAGCAGGUUGGCAUAAGCAUAGAUAUUGGGAUUGGUCAGGAAUGAUAAAAGGUAAAGGAUAUGAUGUUAAAGAUGACGUUAAAUUUGCUAUUAAUUGUUACUGGAACGAUACACAGGGUUCAGGUAAUCAUACACAUAAUGUUUCAGGAUAUACACAAACGACG